AUGGAAGGAAAAGACUGCCACCAGCCUCCGUCAGCACCGCUAGAUUUACAAAGUCCUGGCCCUGCCUUGGUUCGUCUCCCUGCACUAGCAAGCUAUUCCUUCCACCAGGGUAGCCUUACUGCUCCGGAACUUCCUAGUUUUGGCCGUCAUAGACAAGCUAGAAAGAUAGGUGAAAGGAGGUUCCAGACUCCUGUUAUCUUCCCGCCAAAUAGUGAGACAGGAGUCCAGCCAGCCAACUAUCCUACAGCUAGCCCCAGAUUCAAUCCCGAGGAACUAGGUACUUAUUCUUCACCUGAGCCUGAAUCUAUAUUUCUUCCUACCUCAGUCAAAUCAGCAGAAGCAAAGGGCUUCAGCCCACCCUUUGAUGCACCUUCCGUUUUGGCAAUCCAGAAGACCCGUCUGCCAAAUCUAUCCCAUUCUCAAAGAACUGUAUUUCCCCAGUGGCCUUUGCAUGGGACAAGAUCAAGGUACGCAACAGCACCACCUAGAGCUCAUAUCCACCCCCUAUCCCCUGCCCCAGUUACCCAAAAGCCUAUCAAGAAGAGGUAUAGGGAGGUAUCGAGAGAGCGGCCAGCCAUCCUUACCAAGCUUAUGGAUCAGUUCAAUGUGAGAGACUGGUCAAGGCCAGAGACUCAUCCAGAAGUGACAAAUGACAAGGAUAGGAAUGGCACCGGAGCUACCGUGGAGUGUUCUGCGCCCAGUUCCUCACAGCAAAUCUACAGCGAGGUGAAUAUUUACUAUCCUAGACUAAAGGAUAGUGACUCUAGCUGUGUCCCUCCAAAAUCUGCGCCCCUCGUGAAUCCAGCAGUCGAUAACAUGCAAAAACUAUAUCAAGCGCUGCCACUUUCAACGAAACGAGAAAGACAACCAGGUUUGCGAAAGGUAUCAUCGGCUCCAGAUUUUUUGGCGCCGGAGAUGGAUACUAAGGACGUAUCUGGACACCUGAACGGCGAUGCCCGUCGCCAGUCAAAUUUCGAGGGCAUUAUAUUGGGUGGGCCGCUACUUAUAGCCACCCGACGGGGCUCUCAUUUCACAGAUAAAAGCUCUGAGCACGUUCAGGUGUCCGUUAUUCCUAGUAUCCAUGGGACAUGUGAAGGAACUGUGGCGCCAGGGCUGCCGCCAACGAUGCCAACUGAGCCCGCAGCAACUCACACUCACAACGGUGAUGUGAUAAAUGCCCGUUUCGAACAGAUCUCAAUGGCACAAGCAGCCAACACUGAUGCCAUUUUGAGAAGCCUGCAAGGGCUAACGAACGAAAUCAGGGCCCUGCGAGUGGAGGUGAGAGCAAAUACUAACCACCUCCAUCAGCUCAGUGGCAGAGUUGCCGCCGUCGAAGCGAGGUUGGGUGGCCAAAUACAACAACCUGGGGGUUGGCCUUUGACAGGAUAUCAAGAGCCUGUCAAUAUGCCGCGACGCAAUUCUAGCAGCAGCCAGCCCCCAGCCAAGCACCCAAACCAUCGUGGCAGCAAACCCCAUAGCAGCGGGCAUGUUCGCGAUGUCCAGUAUGGUGAUACAAAUCGACGGCGUGUUCCCAGCCAACAACAGCACGCCGGGCAGUCACCACACCUAGACACGACGCUGAACCCACUGCACUCGCCAACCGAACCGCUGGCGUCUAUAUCAACACUUCAGGGAUCCCAGGGGGUGCCACGAAAUCGAAAAUCUGGCCGUCCUCGACGAGAUGCAAGCUUCAACAAUGGCGAAUGGGGUGGAACUUCAAACUGGUAUCGAAAGUCCUAUGUAGACAAUAAGGGGAAUUGA